CCUGACAGCAGUAGUCAGAACGAAUCGAGAGGAGCAAGCGUUUGGACGUAGUCGGUAUUGGCAAUCGACAAUCGACAAUCGGCAUCGACAUCGGCAAACGGUCGUCUGCGUCGCUGCGUCGCGUAUGCCAUUUGUGCUGCUGCUCUUUCAAAUAGUCGCGGGCCUAACACUCAUUCUAUUUGUUAUUCAUUAUAUUUAUUAUAUAAUUAAUGCAAUUGCCGGCGAUUUACAAUUACAACAACAGCUACAGCAACAGCAACAACAAAUAUUGCAGUUGCAACAAAACGUGUAUUUACAACAAUUGCAACAACCAAUUGUAAAAAAUUAUCGACAACAACGCAUCCCAGUAGCGUCGUCUGCAACAUAUAGAAAAUCGCAUUGUUUUACAGCAACAACAGCAACAACUGGCGAAAAAAUGCAAACAAGCGACGAUGCAAAGUUUAUAAAAAAACGAUGGAAAGGCGGCACAAUCGAACCACAUCCAACGGAUAAGGCAUUAAUUGUCAACUAUCAGCUAGAAGCGACGGUCUUCGGCGAGCAAUCCAGCAAUCCGAUGAUUGAGGAAAAAAAGAAUUGUCAGAAAAUUAUACGCUUACGUUCGUUGAACGCGAAGACAGACCCAGCCGCAUUGGCGCGUGAAGUCGUGGACAAAUGUGAUCUCAUACACAAAUCCCAAUUGGCGGAUGUGGAGCAGAUAAUAUUCUAUCUGAAGAAUCGAAAGGACAAUACUGGUGCAGACAUCGCUGACAAUAACAGUCACCAUCGGUCGGCUGUAUCGGGAAAGCGUACACCGGCCAACAAGGCGAACCCAGCCUCAGCUGUUCUGUCACCCGCUAAGACACCAGCUAGCAAUGCAGAUGUCUCCAUCAAUAAUAUUGAUGAAUAUGUGGAGUUGUUGUACGAGGACUUGAGUGAACGAAUACGUGGUUCAGCAAUGAUCCUGCAAGUGGCACGCAACCCAGAUAAUUUGGAAGAGCUGGAGAAAAAUGAGGCUUGUCUGAGCGCUUUAUCGCGCGUAUUACGAGAGGAUUGGCGCAAGAGUUUAGAUCUAUCCACAAAUAUAAUAUAUAUAUUUUUCUGUUUUUCGACCUAUACGAAAUUUCAUCCCGUUAUUGUGCAAUAUAAGAUUGGUUCCCUCUGCAUGGACGUCAUAGACUAUGAGCUGCGACGUUAUGAAACAAUGCGGAAUGAGUUGGACGUGAGAAAGAAUCCGGUUACCUCUGCACCACUUUCGGCUAAAUCCAGCAAAGAGAAACUGAACCGCAGCACUGAUGAUUUCCUCGAUAUAAUGAAUGAGGAAAAACCAAAGGAAAUGGAACCACCACGUCGUCGCAUACCCGAACUCAAACAACGUCCCAAAUCUGGAAAUUGGUCUAGUUUCCACGGUUCAAUGACUUCCUCCAUGAUGAAAAGUCAAAUACUCAACAGUAGUUAUCAUGAGGCUCUUUCCACCGGUGCUGCCACACCUGACUCGGGCAUUUCAUCGAACGGUGACAUGAAAGCGACCAGCAAUGAGGCGCUCGAUCGCAACGAUCCGAAGGUGAAGAAAGAAGAGAUCGAUCGUCUAAAUAAGCAGUUAAAAGUAUUUGCUAAGAAACAAGAGCAACUAUUACGUGUUGCUUUCUACCUGCUACUUAAUAUGGCCGAGAAUAUUAAAUUGGAGGAAAAGAUGAGACGCAAGCACAUCGUGAAAAUGCUCGUCAAAACAUUGGAUCGACAAAAUAUCGAUCUCUUAAUGUUGGUGACAACAUUUCUGAAAAAGUUAUCUAUCGUACGUGACAAUAAAGAUGAUAUGGGCGAGUUCAAUGUCAUUGCCAAAUUGCCACGCCUAUUCCAAAGUGGUCACACCGAUUUGGCACAAGUGACACUGAAACUGGUCUUUAAUUUAUCAUUUGAUGGUGUGUUGCGACGAAAAAUGGUCGGUGCUGGUUACCUGCCAAAGCUGGUGAUGUUCAUCAAUGAUGAGAAACAUCACGGCAUCGCAAUGAAGAUACUCUAUCACAUGAGCUUAGAUGAUUGGGUUAAAGGCUUAUUCACACACACUGAGUGUGUUCAAAUGGCCACCGAUGCCAUAAUACUCAAUCUGAAUAGCAAGGUUGAUCUCGAUCUCAUCGCACUCUGCAUCAAUCUAUCGCUGAACAAACGUAAUGCACAAAUCAUGGUCGAAGGCAAUCGGCUGCAUGAUCUAAUGGAUCGCGCUUUCAAAUAUCAGGACUCACUAUUAAUGAAACUACUGCGCAAUCUUUCACAACACGAAAUGUUACAACCAAAAUUUAUUGACUAUGUCGGCGAUCUGGCACGCAUUCUCACAAUUUGCGAAGAUGAAUCGUUUGUGGUGGAAUGUCUUGGUAUACUCGGUAAUCUCUCAUUAGCCGAUUUGGAUUACUCACAAAUAUUGCAGAACUUCCAACUAAUACCCUGGAUAAGGGAUGUGCUUGUGCCCGGUGCCAAAUUGGACGAUAUGGUACUCGAUACAAUUGUUUAUUUGGGUACUUGUGCACAUGACGAACUUUGUGCGUUGCUGUUCUGUCGCGCUAAGGUUGUGCUCUCGUUGAUCGAGCUGCUGAAGGCCAAACAAGAGGACGACGAAAUUGUCUUACAGAUCAUUUUCGUAUUCCAACAGAUUUUACGACACGAAAGCACACGCGAAUAUAUGAUCAAAGAGACUGAAUCACCGGCGUAUCUGAUCGAUUUGAUGCAUGACAAGAAUGCCGAGAUACGUAAAGUCUGCGAUUAUUGCCUCGACAUCAUUGCUAUCAGUGACAGUGAGUGGGCCAAACGGAUCAAGCUCGAAAAGUUCCGCAAUCACAAUUCACAGUGGCUUUGUAUGGUUGAAUCGCAGCAAGAUCAAGACAAUGAACAAGACUAUGCUGACAAUGAUGAGAACGAAAACGAACUCGACACCUAUUUGCGCAACGAUUAUUUGGACAACUGCGAUCUCUACAAUAGCAGCAAUACAAAUAAGGAGAGUGAGGAUAAUGAAAGCAACAAUAGCAACAAUCCAGCCAGUCCUGCACUGUCUACCUAUAGUCGCCCAGUGAGCAGCUACCGGCGCAGCGAGGACCUCGACGAUCUCUUCAACAUGACUUCGAGUUCGAAAUCGCAAGGAUCCAGCCAAGGCGAUAGCAACUACAUGUUCAAGUCGAACAAAUCGCUGGAUGUUGAGGGACUGCACGAGGAAUUGUUGAUGGCCUAAAAUGCACAUUUGUAUAUGAAAUAUGUAAUACAUGUAUAUGUAUGUAUGUAUAUAAUGAUAUAUAUAUCCACUUAUAAGCAGGUGCGUCGUUAUAAAGUACAUUUGUACAUACAUACAUACAUAUGUAUGUAGUUAUGUAUUGUAUGAAGAAUUAAGGAAAAUGUUGCAUUAAGGCGCUCCUCAACUCCCCCUCAAUUGUUUGGAAAAUAAGGUUUUGCACUACAACAACAAAUGUAAAGGAAGUUUUUCUUUUUCUUAACAGUAAGUUAUAUUUUGGCUAAUAUGUAGUUGCCACAUAUUACUACGUGUAAUUGUUGUUGUUUGUGACUGUCCAAAUCGUAGCAGCGCUCGUGUCACAACCUACCAACCAACUUAAAACGAGUCGAAAUAAUCACAUACAAGCAAAUGUAUAUGUAUGUGUUCAUUUAUAUAUAUAAGAUGCAUUUACAUACAGACGAUAUGUUUAACCCUUGAAGAACAAACUCGACUUUCGACUAUAUGCAAAGCAGAAAUGUUUAUAAGUAAUAAUGGAAAACCAAAAAGAAAAUAAAAGAAAACAAGAAAGUGGUGUGAAACCGCAAUUUUAAUUAGUGCAAAAAUAUUUAAGUGAAAUUGUAUUUUAUUGAAAUUUCAUACAGACACGCUUGCUUUAACUUACAUACAUAACUGUAAAGAACGAUUGGCUUGCAAAUGCUUUGCUUAUUUCAGACAUGCUUAAAUGUAGAUAUGUAGCUUGCAUUUGGAAAUGCGCGCAUAAAAUAUAUGCGACGAUAGAAAAAAGUCUUAAGUAAACUAUAUUCCGCACGCACAUUAGUUAUUUUAUGUAGUUUAAUUUAUUUUAUAAACAAAAGAUAUAUGUAUGUAUGGAUAUUGAAAAUGUUGCAUAUAUAUUAUAUUU